AUGAGUCCAGCGCUCCUGACUCCGUAACCCCCCUCCAAAAAGGAACCUCAGCUUUCUGUCCGGGCUGCGCGUCCCUCACUCUGGAUCGGCAUAAAUGAAUGAAACACAGGGGAAUAUCGACAGACAACCGCACAGGAAAACUCUCUGUCACAGCAGCAGUCUGCCAGGAGGAUUUUAUGUCGGGCUUGACAAGCAAAUCAACAUGAGUUUUCCCCUCUGGAACUUCAUCUCAAGCUUGUCAAAUGUGUAAAACGGCGACCGGUGUCGUCUGCCCCCCUUACGAAGGAGUCACGCUGUGAUUAACGGUCAGGUUUUUGACUGCCAGGACAAAUGAAUACAAAUGAAUUUAGGCACCCGAAGGAGAGAUUGCAGAACCUCUCAUCUAGACACAAAGAGAGCCCUAUUGCUCUGUACAGUUUUAUAUUGUACGUGUUACCUGGGACUUACACAAGUACACUCUGAAGAUGUGGACAUCCUCCAAAAGUUGGGGCUCAAGGGAGAGAAGCUGUCUCGCUCUGUGCCAGCAGGGGUCAUUCCAUUCAGAUCAGGGAUCAUCCUCAACCAGCGGGCGCACAUUGAAACUCCAUUGCGCUCUGUCUUCCCAUUGGCCAUCUGGCCCAAUCUGGCACUGGUCCUGAGUGUGCGCUCACACCGUGUCAACAGUGCUUUCCUCUUCACCCUGCUUUCAGGCCGCAAGAAGCUCCUUCUUGGUCUGCAGCUUGCUCCGGGCAAUCUGGUCCUUCACACUGGACCAAACACUUCGGUGGCACUGCCCUAUGAUCCCCAUGAUGGUCAGUGGCACCAGCUGGCAGUGGAAAUUAAUGGACAGAGAGUGACUCUAUAUGCCUCCUGCGGAGAGCAGAGUGUUCAUGCAGACUUUGGGUGGGACAGUGAGGAAGGGCUGGCUCCAGAGCUCCAUAGCUCCUUUUUACUGGGGCAGUCAAGCCAGCAGCAAGCUUCAGCACACUUUGAAGGAGCCAUCUGCCAAUUUGACCUGGUCCCUUCUGCACAGGCAGCUCACAACUACUGCAGGUACAUUAAGAAACAGUGCAGGGAAGCAGACACAUACAGGCCCAACCUUCCUCCCUUGUUGCCUAUCCUACCAAGAGAAAAAAACAUCACAGCUACCGCCGCUACGCCUAAACAUGGUGGUCCGGUAACAGCCAGAAAGCCCACAGGGUUUAGCCUCGCCAGGAGUGUUGCCGCUGCUGCCUCUGCUGUUAGAUAUGUAGCCCCUACUCAAACAAUAAAGCCCAGUUCUGGGACCAUUCCUACACCUUUACUGGCAACAGUAAUGCCAGUCACAGUUCAGCUUGGUUUAGCAUCCCCACCUCCCAGCACCAGGACGGAAACUGUCACAGCACCACUCAGGACAAGAGUACACCCAACAAAACCACCAAACUCAAAACCCUCCACCUCUAAAUCUUCUAAUCCAAAACCCUCUAAACCCACUCCCUCAAAGCCCAUUCCUAAUACCACGUCCAAAAAAACAGUUGCAGGAACAGACAACAAGAAGAAACCUAACUUUCCAGCCACUACCAACACCAAACCCUCCAAGACAAAGCCUGGAGCUACCUUAUCAGACCAAGGUGCAGUCCCUAAGAAACCACCACCCAUCACAGCCAAGAAAACACCUUCCAAGCCUAAAGUUACACCAUCCAAAGCCUCUCCGUCCAAGCCCAAAGUAAAUUCUGUCAAAGUUUCCCCAUCAAAACCUACAAUACCCAAAGUUAACCCUUCAAAACCAACAGUCUCCAAAACUACAACUGCAAAAACCUCCAAGCCAUUCUCAAAACAGGUCAUCAAGCCAACAAAGCAAGCAACAACUACCAAGUCUCCAGUCACCCAAAGACCAAGUACACCUUCAGACAACCCAGUAACACCACCUGCCACUGAUGGCUUCCAGAGCUGGGAGGUUCCACCAACUCAAUUCUCCCUCCUGGAAGGAGCUAUAGGACAGAAAGGAGAAGCAGGCCCAUCGGGACUGCCAGGACCUCCAGGGAAGGCGGGCCUGCCAGGCAAGAGGGGUCCUAGGGGCGCCCCUGGUCCCCAUGGAAACCCUGGCCGACCUGGUCCAUCCGGGCUCAAGGGGAGAAAAGGAGACCCUGGCAUUUCACCUGGACCAGCACCUAAAGGAGUGAAGGGAGACUCAGGGAUUGUUGGCCCGGUUGGACUGGCUGGCCAAGAAGGGAGGAAGGGGCAGAAAGGUUACCCUGGUCCACCUGGACUCCCUGGAGAGUCUGGAGAGCAAGGUCCAGUCGGAAGCCCAGGUGCCAAAGGUUAUCCUGGCAGGCAGGGUUUACCAGGGCCUAUAGGACCAGUUGGGCCUAAAGGCGUUCGGGGUUUCAUUGGAAUCCCGGGGGUUUUUGGCCUUCCUGGGCCUGAUGGCGAAAGAGGCAUUCCUGGCGAACCAGGGAAGAGGGGCAAGAUGGGUAGGCCGGGGUUUCCAGGCGACUUUGGGGAGAGAGGACCACCUGGACCAGAUGGAGAGCCAGGUGAGAUGGGAGCCCCCGGUCCAAACGGAGUUCUUGGACUUAUUGGUGAUAUGGGACCUGUGGGAGAGAUGGGCCUUCCAGGACCUAAUGGACUGAAGGGGGUUCCCGGAAAUCCAGGAGAACCAGGACUGAAAGGUGAUAAGGGUGAAAUUGGGAUUCCUGGAGAACAAGGGGAGAUUGGGUACAAAGGAGACAAGGGUAUCCAAGGGGCUCCAGGUUUGCCAGGCAUCCAAGGAAAACCAGGACCGCAGGGAAAGGUAGGAGAGAAAGGUCCAGACGGUGCACCUGGACCUCCAGGCCCUGAGGGUUUUCCUGGUGACAUGGGACCACCGGGAGAGAACGGCCUUGAAGGACUAAAGGGAAAGCCAGGAGUCAGAGGUUUACCGGGACCACGAGGGGUGCCUGGCUUGGAGGGUGAUGAAGGCCCGAUCGGACCACCAGGACCAACAGGACUUGAGGGUAGACUGGGCCGAAAAGGAUUUCCUGGAAAAGUUGGGCCAGAGGGACUUAAGGGAGAGACUGGUAUCACAGGAAAUGUUGGAUCCAUGGGGGAAAGAGGCUUGGUGGGUUUCAUUGGACCUGUGGGAGAGUCAGGACUGGCAGGAGAGAAGGGUGAUCGAGGGGAGAUGGGCCUUCCCGGACCAUCUGGAGAAAAGGGAUCAACGGGUCACACAGGAACACCAGGUGCAACUGGGCCGACAGGACCACUAGGAAGACCAGGCCCUCCUGGAGCGGCCGGGCCUGCCGGUACCAGAGGACCCAAAGGCUUGCGGGGAGCAAUCGGGCCUGACGGUCCAACGGGAGAGAGGGGGUUAGAGGGCAAGGCGGGCUUUGAUGGUCCUCCAGGAAAAUUAGGUUUCCCUGGACCUCAGGGGAAGAUCGGAGAGUCGGGUGAAUCUGGGCCUAAAGGUUUUCCUGGUAUCCAAGGGCCUUCAGGACCUCCAGGGGACAAGGGAAUACCAGGCGAGCCGGGACCACCUGGGCCACCAGGGACGGUGGGACUGUUGGGAGACAUCGGCCAAAAGGGUCCUCCAGGCAAGGUGGGGGAACCUGGACUGCCAGGCGAGCCAGGAGAGAAGGGCGCCAUUGGAGCUGACGGGAACAUCGGGGAGCAGGGACUGAUAGGACCACGGGGAGAGCCAGGCCUAGAGGGAGAAGCUGGUUCUGCUGGUCCCGAUGGCGCCAAGGGUGACAAAGGCGACAUGGGUCAGGAGGGCGACCAAGGAGAAAAAGGAGAAACUGGGCUAAAGGGAAAGGAGGGCCCGCCUGGAAGUCCUGGACUCACCGGCGUCAGAGGUCCGGAAGGGAAACCUGGAAAAUUUGGUGAUAGAGGCAAACUGGGCCCGAAGGGUGCAAAAGGUCAUCAAGGUCACCUUGGGGAGACUGGGACUGUGGGGAAGAUCGGACCACCAGGUUUUGUUGGGCAGAAGGGGUCCAGGGGAACCAUUGGACACGUGGGAGCUCCUGGUCGGAUGGGUCAACAAGGGGAAACUGGUCUUGCAGGUUAUGAGGGUCAUCAGGGAACACAGGGCCCGAUGGGUUCUCCAGGACCAAAAGGUGAAAAGGGCGAGCAAGGAGACGAUGGCAAAGUAGAGGGUCCUCCUGGUCCUCCAGGUGACAUAGGUCCUACUGGUGACAGAGGAGAGAGAGGGGAAUCAGGAGAUCCCGGUUAUAAAGGUCAAGUUGGCGUGGAUGGAGAGAGAGGCAGGUCUGGAGCUCCUGGACUGCCUGGACAGCCUGGGCCUCGAGGGCAACAAGGACCCAAAGGAGCCAAAGGAGAUCAAGGUCAAAAAGGCAAAAGGGGUCUGUCAGGACAAAAAGGAAGCCGAGGAACAGAGGGUGUGGGUGGUCCUCCUGGUCCCAGAGGUGUGGUGGGCAGAGAGGGACAGGAGGGUGUUCCCGGGCAGGACGGAGUCCCAGGAAAGGAUGGCAGUAAAGGCAUGCCGGGAGAACAUGGUGAUGAUGGGGAGUUUGGUCCUUUUGGCAAAUCUGGCUUCCGCGGUAAAACUGGUGUUCCAGGACUCCCAGGAGAUCAGGGGAGCUUUGGAGCAAAGGGGGAGCGGGGUCUUCGAGGUCAGAGCGGACCUCCAGGGAAAAGAGGCUUCAGAGGUGGGAUGGGACUACCAGGGCCACAGGGAGACCAAGGACCUAAAGGACAACCUGGUGAUACAGGGGAGGCAGGAUUUCCAGGAAUUCUGGGAGUUUUUGGACCGAGGGGGCCUCCAGGAGACUUUGGGCCAAAGGGUAUACGAGGACCAAAGGGGCCAAUGGGAUCAAUGGGCAGAGGAGGAGUUGCUGGCCCCACUGGAAUUAUUGGUCCCAAUGGCAGCGCAGGUCCUAGAGGGGAGAAGGGGAACCGUGGAGAAAUUGGAUUGCAAGGUCCAAUGGGAUCUCCUGGACCUCGUGGACCUCCAGGACUUCCAGGUCCCCCGGCUGUCCCUCUGUCAUUCAAAGAAGAUGGUGUUUUGUUCGCGGACUCACACACCCUACACAGGACUGAGAAUAAGCCAGUGAUGGACCUGCCUAUGCUGGACCAAGGCGCAGAGAUCUUUAAGACCCUCCACUACCUCAGUAACCUGAUCCAGAGCCUGAAGAACCCACUGGGCACUCGAGACAACCCCGCCCGCAUCUGCAGGGACCUGCACAGCUGUGAACAGAAGCUAAACGAUGGCACUUAUUGGAUUGACCCUAACCUGGGCUGCUCAUCAGAUAAAAUAGAAGUCUCCUGCAACUUUACUGGAGGUGGACAGACCUGCCUUAAACCAAUAACAGCAUCCAAGCCAACGGUCAGCGUCGGCCGUGUCCAGAUGAACUUCCUACACCUGCUGAGCUCAGAGGCAGUGCAGCACGUCAUCAUCCACUGCCUGAACGUCUCAGUGUGGAGGUCACCUGAGGGUCAGCCGGGUUCCCAGUCUGUGAGAUUCAAGGCCUGGAGUGGAGAGGAGUUUGAGGUGGGGGGAGAGCUUGAGCCAGAAGUCCUUGAAGACUCAUGCUGGGUGAAAGAUGGCCACUGGCACCAGACCCAUUUUGUGUUCCACUCCCUGGACCCCACCCUGCUCCCUGUGGUCGACAUCUACAACCUCCCCGACACUUCUCCCGGGUCACAUUACCACCUCGAAGUAGGUCCUGUAUGCUUCCUGUGAUGGCUGCAGUGUAACACAUAUGAUUACAGAGGAAGGAUGGAUCAUCACCCCCACAGGUGACACCCUCGUGCAGGCGUGGGGACCAGAGCAGCCUCCUCCAAUCCAUGGCAAAACAAGCGAGUACGAGUCUCCCUUUGCCAAACUCCCAUUGGACUGCAGACACAGAGGGAGUAAACGCGGGGAGCUUGGAGGGGGGGGGGGGGGGGGAGAGAAAAGAAGAGCUCUGGAGGAGCAGGGGAGUUCUUGCACUAAUAGCUUCUCCAUAUGGCAAACGCUUCGUUAAGCUCUUCAAAAAGGAUCUCCACACGUGGCCCGCUUGAAGAAAAAACAAAGGCUCUUUGCCACAAAAUCUCUCUGGAACAUUUCUGAGUGAAGGGAGACAAUCAGCAGACAUUAUAGUAACUUAUUUUUCUAACUGUAUACAGUCUGUAUACUGUGUGUUCUAUUUGUAUGGAAGUACCAGGAAUUCAAUUCUGUUAAACAAUAAGAAAGAAAGAAAUUGGGAUCAGUUAAAUGUACAUAAAUAUGUAUACUUAUUAUUAAUAAUAUUAUAAUUAACUUUUAUACAUGUAUAUCUUAUGUAAAGAAAUUAAAGUGCAAUAGAAAAUGAGAAGAUAAUUGGAUAUUUUAAACUUAAGAGGAAGGAUUUUUUUUUUUUGUGCUCAACUCCUUGUGAUCCUGCCCAGGUUUAUUCAGAGGCAGGCUCAAAAAAAAGAAGAAAAAACAAACAUCUAUAUUAACUAGGGUACUGUGGCAUUCAGUUUCCACCUUAAUUAGGCGAAAAAAAAACAGGAAAAAACGUUCGAGAGAGUGCAUCUGAAGCUACAGCUGAUGCACACAAGCUGUCCACAAGGACCAUCAAAUUGUCAAAUACUUAUUAGUAUACUUAUAACUUAUAUAUUAUGAAACUGGAGGCCACUGAUGAUUAGGGAGAGUAUCUGCAGUUCAGGAGUAUAAAGAGUACAGAGCUCUAGUUCUCAGUAGUUUUGAUUAAUUUCUCGUCAACUGUGGAGAAUAAAAUCAGGCUGUUCCUUUGUUUCUUACUUAUUAAAAGAGAUAGGAGGGUUUUAUUUACUCAGUACUAAACGGGACCUGGAGUCUCUUCUUCUUGCCCAGUUUUGGUAACAGUACAACUACAGGUACAGCAUUCUUAAGAGGAGAUCUGAGCCACAGGAAAGACGAGAGUGGGUCCAGGAAUCAGAAUUGAAACCCCUAUCUUCUGUCUCAUCCUCUCUCUCUGUAAUGCAUGGUGCUAAGUGAAUCAUCAAAGGUGCUAACCAUAGUGCUGUAAUUACACCACUUUGCUGAAAUUUUCUGAUGUCUAUAGUGCAUGUUAUCUUAGAUGUUAAGGAGUAAAUAUAAUAUAUUGACAUAGUUUUUACUGCGCACUACAAUGCUAAUAUCCCAUUCAAAACUUCAGCCAUUAUUCUAACUGUUUUGUUCAAUGCUGCAUUUAGAAAAUUGGUUUUUAACUGUAAAAAAAAAAUGUUUAAGAUAUAACUAUAAAAACAGAAAAAACAGAUUCCUCCUUUUGUAGCCGUAUAAAUGACAGGGUUGAUAGUUUUCCUAAUAAUCAACAUGUCUUUCUCUCUGUACAAAGCCCCCCACAGCUGUAUGUAAUAUUUGUUAGAAACACAACUAGUGGAGAUAGUUUUGAUUAAGGAAAAGUUUCUUUGUUGUAGCUGGACACAAGUGUGUAUAAUUGUGCAAACCUUGCUGUAUACAGUGGAUCCCCUCUUGCUUAUUUAAUGUUAUUUAAUGUUGUUCACGUGGUUGCAGAUGGAGCAAACUUCUUUUGUUUGAAACAAUACUACUCUCUCUGACAUCUUUAUCUAUCAGUUGGCCCAACUGGUCUUGGAGUUUAUAGAUUUUUUUUUUAUGUGUAAAUUUGGGGCUCCCGAGAACAAAUUUAUUGCAAUGUUAAUUACCUUUUAUUUUUCUAAUUUUUGUUCAUUUUUGUUGUCUUUUUCCUCUUUAAUAAUAAUAAUAAUCAAACAUGUACUGUACCAAGACUCUAUGUGCUAUAUUAUAACUUGUGUUUAAAAGAAUUAUGCAAAUAUGUGAAAAUAGUUUUUGAUUUUUUUUUGUAAAUCUGUUGCAGACAUUCAGACGAGCUAAGAAUACCUCACACUUUUACAAAUGAGUUCAUCGUUAAAGCCUGUUUGGAAAUAUCAGCCAAAUACAGUCAAGUCAUCAAACUCUGAACAAGACCAUUUCUGGUGCAAACAUCCUUUAUCCGUCUACUGUUUAUACAUUGUUUAAUGUCCAUUUGUUCAAUAAAGACUUUCAAUCUUUA